AUGGAUUUCGCCCCAUAUCAAGUCUCCCCGGAGGAAACUCGCGCUCUCUCUCCUCCUCCCCGCACCUCUACCUCUUCUCCUCGUCAGAGCAUCUCACCUAUCCGUAGAUCUUUUAGUCCCGGUGUUCGCAGUCCAGCUUUCAUGCAGAGUACAAGUAAUGCUGCCGCGAAGAAUGGAAACUAUGCUCCGAAUCCUUAUGCGAAUCCAUGGGCGCAGAGGGAUAGAGAUGGUUAUUUCCCGGUUGUGAAUAAUGGAGACGGGUAUCAGGAUGUGGAAAGUGGGAGGGCUGGAGGUGGUCAUACUUCUGGGGGGAGUGGAGCUGGAAAUACUGGUGCGGGGUAUGGAGGGGGUAAUAGAGAGGGUUUACAUGAGUUUGAGACGAGUCUUCCGCUGAGGUUGGAUUAUGAGGCUUGUUUAGCUUACUUACUUUUACCGCCAGCUGGGGGCGUACUACUUUUGGUUUUGGAGAGGAAGAGUGAUUAUGUGAGAUGGUAA